AUGCCCUCCGCAAUAGCAUCGCUGGCGCUGGCGCUGCCGAUGGGCACGUGUUUCGUCAUAUCUGUUUGUUUAAUUGGGUCUGCCGAAGCGGACAAACUGUCAGUCACCGGUAACAGCAGCAGCAGCAGCAGCAGCAGCAGCACCAGUACUCGUGUCACUCAGCUGGAUGCUUCGAAACGGACCUCCGCGCACAUAUCCGGUGAUUUCAUCAUCGGUGUCCUGUUCUCGGUUCAUCAUCAGCCGCGACAGAAGCGCACCGGUCCAAACCACUUCCUGGCCUGCGGAGAGGUUCGCGAACACUACGGCAUCCAGCGUUCGGAGGUGACAUUCAAAACCAUCGACGAGAUCAACCGGAACCCGUCGUUGCUGCCCAACAUCACGCUCGGGGUGGAAAUUCGGGACUCGUGCUGGUACGCUCCGGUGGCCCUGCAGCAAAGCAUCGAACUGAUACGGGACUCGAUUUCGCCCCCUUCCGGCGGUAAUAAUCCCAUCCGGGGUGGUGAUCGGGUCGGUGCGAGCUCGCUGCCGGAGGGCAGCUGCGGGACGGUGGGUCCGAAUAGCACGCAUGGCUACGCUGGCGGGAGGGGCAACAAGCCAAACAAGUUUCGCCGAACGUUGGUGGGAGUUAUCGGACCGGGUUCCAGCUCGGUGGCCCUUCAGGUUCAGAACCUGUUGCAACUGUUUUCGAUUCCGCAAAUCGGCUACUCGACCACAUCGAAAGAUCUGUCCGAUAAGGCACGUUACAGCACCUUCAUGCGAGUCGUUCCUUCCGACUACUACCAGGCACAGGUGAUGGUGGACGUGGUGCGGCAGUUUAAUUGGACUUACGUUUCUGCCAUCAACACCGACGAAAACUAUGGUCAAUCAGGAAUUCAGGCAUUUCGUGAGUUGGCGGAAAAACACGGCGUUUGUAUAGCGAGGGAAGAUUCGAUUCUGAGCAACGCGGACGACGAAUCAUUCUCCGAUGUGCUGCGUAACAUUGAGCAGGAUCUCAAUGCCAACGUGGUGGUGUGCUUCUGCGAGGGGAUGACCGUCCGGGGGCUGCUGAAAGCGAUGGAACGUCUCAACAUGACCGAUCGGUUUCUGCUGAUCGGCAGCGAUGGUUGGGCCGAUCGGGCCGAUGUCGUACAGAACUACGAACGCCAGGCGCUGGGUUCGAUUUCGAUACGGAUUCACAGUCCGUACGUGAAGUCGUUCGAUAACUACUACUUUUCGUUGAAUCCGUUCAGCAACAAGCGGAACCCGUGGUUUCAGGAGUUCUGGGAGACCAAAUUUAACUGCCGCCUGCCGGUAAACGAAGCAACGCUAGAUGUGGGCUUGCAAGCAUUCGCCGCCAGUGAAGCGAAGCCGGUUUGUACAGGAAACGAGAAACUGUCGGACCGCUACCGCCAGGAACCGAAGAUGAGCUUCGUCAUCAAGGCAAUCUACACGAUGGCUUACGCUUUGCAUGCACUACAGCAGGACUCGUGCGGCCGGAGUGUGGUUGGCAUCUGUGCGGCCAUGUUCCCCUUCAACGGGACACAGUUCCUGAACUACCUUAUGAAUGUUUCGUUCACCUACGAAUCAGGCGACACCGUCGAGUUCGACAGCAGAGGAGACCCUCCGGGAAGGUACGACAUCAUGAACUACCAGCUGCUGGAGGACGGAAGCUACGACUACGUUCAGGUGGGCGAAUGGAACAACGGGUCGCUUAAUUUUUUGCGCGAUCUACAGGAAGCGUCGACCGGCCCGGUGGAAUCCGUUUGCUCCAAACCGUGUCUUCCGGGAUAUUACAAGAAUCUUCAAACCGGUGGCCAAGAGAAGCAAUGCUGCUGGGUGUGCGUUCCCUGCGAGAAACAUCAGUUUUUAUACAACGAGACGCACUGCCGGAAUUGCGACCUAGGAUACUGGCCAGAUCAGUCUAAAACGGACUGUCUUCAAAUUCCGAUUGAGCACGUUCAGUGGGGUGACACCGAGGCAAUUGUGGCCAUUUCCUUUUCGGUGUUGGGCUUCAUAACGACCGGACUGGUGUUUGGUGUGUUCAUCCGGCACAACGACACUCCGGUGGUAAAGUCAUCCACCCGAGAGCUAUGCUACCUCAUUCUGGUUGGGAUGAUCAUAUCGCACAGUACAAUUUUCGCCAUUUUGGCCAAGCCGUCGAGAGCUUCCUGCUUGAUUAGCCGAUCGAUGCCCGGUGUGUCCUUUGCGAUGAUCUACGCUUCGUUGCUUGUUAAAACCAAUCGCAUCGCAAGGAUUUUGGCUGGCUCUAAGAAACGAUUUCCCACCAAAAAACCAAAGUUUAUGUCGGCUGCUGCGCAGUUGGUCAUUACUGGGCUGUUGAUUUCGGUUGAAAUUGCCAUCGCUGUGACCAUGCUGAUUCUGGAGCCUCCCAACACCGAGCAUCAGUAUCCGACGAGACAGCGAACCGUGCUGGCCUGCAACACCACUCGUCAGGGCAUUCUAGUUCCAUUGGCGUUUAUCUUCCUGUUGAUUAUCCUGUGUACUUUGUACGCCUGGAAGACGAGAAACGUUCCGGAGAACUUCAACGAAGCUAAGUUCAUCGGUUUCUCCAUGUACACAACCUGCGUAAUCUGGGUCGCCUUCGUACCGAUCUACUUCGGCUCGGAAUCCAAAAUCAUAACCAUGUGCAUCUGCAUAUCGCUAUCAGCGAUGGUAACGCUACUGUUUCUAUUCCUCCCCAAGCUGUACAUCAUUCUGAUUCGACCGGAAAAGAACAUCCGGGCACUUUUCACUACCUCCAAAUCGAUACGGUGUCACAUCGGAUCACGCGUUGCCUCGGCAAUCUCGCACAAAACCUCAUCCUCCUACUCCAGUGGUCCCGGGCCGCCGGACGACAGUCACGAGUACAGUUUCGAUACCCUCCCGAAGCCGAUCAUUCGAUCGGCAUCCUGCCAAACAUCGCUGGAACUACUGAACAAACUGCUGGAAAUUCAUCUUUACGAUGCCGAACACCGAUCGGAACAAGCCACCACUCCCGUUCCCCGGCAGCGAAUCAUGUCCUCCAAGCUCAAACAGGUUCGCUACAGUCUUUCGCCGAUUAAAUCAUCCGCCCGAAAGAUACUGAAGACCGACAAACACUUGUUAGUUCCGGAAGGAAACAUAAUCAACAAUAACAAUUACAGCAAUUCUAGUAAACUAUCAACCUGCGAACCGCAGGAGAAGGCAACAAUCCGCGAGACGUGCUACCAUUGCCACCAGCUGGACUCCGUUCGCUGUCGAUACGAUCUGAUAGAUACCGGAAGUGACGAUCAGGACCUCGAACCCGAGAUUCUACAGCUCCAACAGCAGCAGCAACUGCUCACGAAUGGUGUCUACUUGAUCAACAACAGCGGUGCUAACGGUUCGUUCGUUGCCAACGGCAGUUCCGGCCGAACGGCGGCCGGCUACGGUAAACACGCGACCACGAUGAUCAGCGAAGAAAGCCUGUCCGAGUGUUCGAUCAGCACCAUGUCGGAAUCGUGUGACUGCAAGUUCAAAAGCAUCACCAUCAAGCUGCCGACGCCGGCUAGCGCUCAAUCGGUGGUUUACUUUUGA